AUUACCUGUGUCAUAAUAUGAAUAAUAAAAUGAGUAUGGAUGUAAUUAAAUAGCCAACAAAAAGGAGUACAUGAUGGCUUUAAUAAAUCAUUUUAUUUUUCAUAUAUUUCACUUAUUUCUACUAAAUAAUCAUAUGAUAUUGACAAUUGAACAAAACUGCUACUAUCCAAAUUUUGUACACCAUUCAACUGAAUCACUAUGGAUAACAGAUUAUGGUGUGAACAAUUUACCACAACAAUCUAAAAGUGAUCCUAAUAAUAAUAAUAAUAAUAAUAAUAAUAAUAAUAAUAAUAAUAAUAGGAAAAUGUCAUUAUUGUAUUCAAUUCAACCAUCAAAAGAAUUUCAAAACUUAAAUAAUGGUUGGUUACAAAUGUUAUUUACAAAAGAUUUACAUGAUGCAUGGCUUUUCUUAUCUUGUUAUCAUAUUCUGUAUACAAGACACUUUGUUUACUUUCCCUCUUUAAAGGAUCACUUUAUGAGUAUUUGUAAUUCAAAUGAAAACUUAUCAUAUAAAAGUGACAGUAUUACUCUAUUGAAUAGUGUCCAGCAAAAUGAUAACUCCAGUCAAGGCUAUAAAAACAAUAUCUAUUGGUUUAGUACUAUUGUCAAUACUAAAAGCAGGAUUGAUAUCAAUUCUACAAAAGUAAAGACUAAUUAUGAUAAUAAAAGUUAUCCUAAUACUGAUUAUCAAUCAUCAUUAGGUUAUGUAAAAAUGUCAUGUUCAUGGCAGUUUGAUAAAAAUACUUAUUUAAUACAAUAUAAUAAUCCUGUACAAAGAUCAAUUUAUCAAUGUGUUAAAUUUGAGCCAGUCAAUGAACUUGACACAGUGACAGUUUUCAAUUUACUUUUAAGCAAAUAUACUUCUUCUACACCUGAUUCAACAUUAUGUUAUCCGAAUACAUUUAUGCCAACUAUUUCAAGAUGGAUUACGAUUCCAGUGCUCAACUCUGAUUUGAGAAAAAAUUCAAAAUUAUGCCCGAUAUCAGGUGGAUUUCAAAUCAGUCAGACUUACGAUUUAAAGAAUGAAAAAGUGCUAUGUGAAUCCGAUAUUUAUGGAACUAUGGAAAGUGAAUGUAUAUCUGGAGAAGGCAUCUCAUGGACAUUCCCACAACCUAAAUGUAAUCCAUUCGAUGAAAAUUACAAGAUUCAGUUUCAAUGUCAUUCAACAUGGAAAAGCCAUAAUCUGAAUUAUGUUCUAAUGUAUACAGAAGUCGACCAGUUCACUUACAAAUUUUAUCAGCUGGUUUAUGUACAACUGCCAGUGGAAUUAUCAACAGAAUCAAUAACUUAUGAAAGAUUAUCCCCAGUAUGGAUUAUUUACGGUUUACAAUCAGAUGAAAAAGUUGAAAAAGUUAUAAAUAAUCGUAUUUAUAUGUGGGAUUUAGUUGAACAAUAUCUACCGGAAUCAAGAAAAAUGACUCCAUUUAAUACUCUUGUAAAUGCGUAUGAAAUGAAGAUUCGAAGAGCAUUCGGAAAUUGUGAUGAUGAACGUGUCAUUUGCAAGUAUGGAUGUGAACACAGUGCAAAGAAUCAAUUUUUCUGUCAUAGAAGUUGUUUGGUACCAGGGCAGAUAUGUGGUAGCCUAUUACAUGAUUCAUGUAAAUUCCACUCUAAUUAUCAUGAAUUAACAACCUAUGCACAUUCAACCAGUCGUUUAGUUACACAAUUCCUUAUUACCGAUGAUAAACUUGUCAUUUAUUCUGUCAAUGAUGUUGCUUACAGUAUACGUUUUUACUGUAUCCGAGAGAUACAAGAAUCCCUGGUUGAUCGUUAUAUUAUACGAACUAGUCAUCAGUUGAAUGGAUGCCAUUCAAAAGAUUUAUGUCUUGAAAUCUAUCGUGGCAAUAAAAAGGUUUUUGAAGAGUCGUCAAGUGUCAAUUCAAUAAUGUAUAGAAUGUCAAUUGAUGGAAAACGUCUUCUUACAGAUCCAUGUCAAUUCAAUACAGAUAAUCAAAUUCCUGGUCGAACAAUUUAUCCAGUUAAAGCAAAUGUACUACUUCGAAAUACAAAUCAGGAAAAUUAUACCUAUACAACUACAGCUACUAAAUGUGGUCUAUACCAAAUCCUUCUUACUGGCACCAUAUAUCUCUGGUAUCCCGAAUCAAUGAAGUAUAGUGAUCAAUCAAAACGAUUCAUCACAACAAGCAAAGAAACAGCUAAUUAUCUCCAAAGAAAGCAAAAUUAUUCAGAUACAUCAACUCAUAUCAACUCAAAUUCAAUGAUUCCAGACAAUAGUGAACGCAAUACAACCUAUCAAGGACCUUGUCCAGUGGAGAUUAGUGAUUUUAAUCCACAUUUAGGAAUGAGUGGAGAAUUCGAUAAUGUUCUAAGGAUAAGACAUUAUUGUGAACCUAAAAUCUAUCCUAGUAUUUUUAAAUCAGAUCACCAAUGUGUUGCAUCAUUUAAGUUUGACGGGAUUUCACCACUCUCAGUAUCUUAUUUAUCAAUCAUAACAUAUCUAAAAAUUACCGGUCAAUAUUAUUGUUUGAUUAUUAAAUCUUAUCGAGAUGGAAAUAUAAACAAUUACAUUAUAUUUAUGUAUCAUUCACCUCAAUGCCAGUAUGAAUCAACACCAUUUGAGAAUAUAAAAGUUGAUGAAUCAAAAGCAUUUGCAAAGUUUAUUUUAACUUCUCUAUUCAUUGUUGAUACAUAUCAAUUUAAAGAUGAUGAUCCUAAUGUUUAA